AUGCGCCGGGUGGGACGGCUGGUCAGGGACCUCGGGUUACGCGCCCGGGCGGCGCGGGGCGCUCGUGCGCCUCCGCCGUCAGCCGGCGGCGCAUCGCGGCCGGCGAUCCGCGGAGCCGGUGGCGUCGGGCCGGUGGGCACCCCGACCGCGAGAUCCAGCGCGGCGGUGGUCCUCUCGAUGGGCUUCGCGGCGUCGUCCAUCGUCGCCGCGGCAGUCGGCGUCGCCUCGAUGGACGACGACGCCGCGCAGCAGCAGACGGCAUUCGGCGAGAACGUCUCCGUCGACCCGGCGACGCUGAGGCGACUCGCGGCGGACGUCGUGGGCGCCGAUUCCGACGACGUCGGAUCUGUCGACGUCGAGCGGAGACGCGCGAGGGCGCUCCGCAUCCUCGCGAGGGUCACCCUCUUCUUAGACCACCACGACGCCAUCGUCGCCGUCCCGGAGGUGGUCGACGCGCUCAUCCGGUGCCUCGAGCGCGGCGCCGUCGUCGCGAUCGACGACGACGACGACGACAAGCGCCACGACACCGUCGGACCCGCGUCCACCGCCGACGCGAUCCGAUGCCUCGCGGACCUGGCGAAGGAACCGGCGGUGCGCGAGGCCAUCUGCGCGUCGCCCGGCGCCCUCGUCGCGCUCGCCGCCGCGAUGGACCUCACCCGAUGGGAACCCCGGCGGAGAACCGCGGGGAAGGGCGCGUCGUCGUCGUCGUCUGCACAGCUGGCGGAUGUUCCCGGCACAGCUGGCGUCGUCCACGCGACUCGGCUCGCCGCGGAGCUCGCGGGCGAUCCGACGGCGCACGCCGCGCUCAUCCGCGCGGACGUGCCCGCCGCUGUCGUCCGCGCGGGACGCACUCGCGGCGGCGCGCUGGGCGCGAUCCGGCGUCGGCUCGGCGCCCUCACGGCGCGGGUCAUCGGUCGCCGACAGCUCAUCGCCGACGGGGAAAAAGACGCAAAGGCGCGCCGCUCGGAGACUACUCGCAACGUCGCGGCGUUCGCGUAUAACCUCGUCUCGAGCUCCUCCGUCGGACGCGAGGCGUUCAUCGCGACGGACGGGGGGUUGGAGUGGUGCCGCGCCCGCGCGUUGGCGCAGAAGGACCGCGUGGCGCACAGGUACGCCGUCGGCGCGCUCGCCGUCCUCGCCGCAAACUCUCUGAAAGUUACGGAAAACCGACGCGGCCGACUGGACCCGCUGUCGCUUCGACUCGCGCUUGAGGCGGCGGUGGUGGGCGGGCUUCGUUCGGGCGACUCCCAGGCGGCGUGUUUCGCGUGCGGGAUGCUUCGCGAGGUGGCGCGGGAAGGGGACGAGCCGACGCGUCGGUUCGUCGCUUCGCUCGGCGCGGCGGGGGCGCUGCUUCGGCUGCUCGGGGCUUCGGAAGUGUGUCCGGGUGUGUCCGGGUGGGCCGCGGAGGAGGAGGUCGCGGGGGCUCCCGACGCCUCCGCGGCCGGGAGGAUAAGGCGACGGCAACGGAAGGGCGACGACGGCGCGAGGGCGUGCGCGCUGCGGGCGUUGGAGGCGUUCGCGUUGGUCCGGCCGCCGACGAGCGCGCUGCGCUGGUCGGUGCUCAAGGCUAAAAACGGUCUCGCGGUUUUGGCGGAGACGGCGGACGGGACGAACGGAGAGUCGGCGAGCGUUCGCAAGUUGGCGUCCGACGUGCUCGCCGCGCUGGGGAAGUAGUUCGCUGCUAGUUGGCUAGGUUUCGAUUGAAGAAUGUAGGACUAGGUG